GUUCUACAACUACAUCUAAUGUUUGGAGAUAAUGUUGUGGGCCCAAAUUCAGAUAAUGGUCUAUACGAUUACGCCAUGAGACACGCACCGGAUGCUUCCAUUGGCGUUAUGCACGACUGGUAUCCCCUCAACAAAUCUCACUACAACUCUGUUCAAGCACUCAAUGCCAAAAAGUCACGACUCAAAAUCCCAUUUAUGCACUUUGGAGAAUGCCUGCACGGCGUUGGGUCUUUUAAACAAUCAAUGUUCCCACAAUCCAUCGCCAUGGCAGCCAGCUUCGACACCAAUCUUGUCCACCGCGUUGGCCGUGCUAUUGGAUCAGAAGCAAGAUCUAUCGGUGUACACGCUUGUUUGUCCCCCGUUUUGGAUUUAGGAAAGGACCCACGUUUUGGGCGAGCACAAGAGGCUUGGGGUGAAGACAAGGUCCUAACUUCUCAUAUGGGCGUGGCUUAUGCCUCUGGAUUGUCCAAAAAUGGGUCCUGGUCUGAUCCCGAUGCCGUUGUGCCAGUCAUAAAGCAUUUUGCUGCGUAUGGCGCGCCACAGUCAGGACGUAACGCGGCCCCUUGGAUGGGGCGUGGUAAUCGGGAGAUCCAGCAAGAGCUACUCGUCCCGUUUAAAGCUGUCAUUGACAAUGGCGGGGCGCGGGGCAUUAUGAUGUCCUAUAAUGAGCUUGAUGACGUUCCCGCUCAUGUGCAUCCCAUGCUGUAUCAAGCUCUGUCCGAUUGGGGCUUUGACGGAUUUGUGACUGCAGACGAUACCGGAAUGAGGAUGCUUCAGACGCAGCAUGGAGUUUCUAGCUCAGAUGCUGAUACCAUACAACAAUGGUUCAAUGCUGGAGGAAUGAUUCAGUACUACGACUUUCCCCUGGAUAUCUACCUCAACGCUACCGUCGACCUGGUAGCCAAUGGCACAGUUCCUCUCACCACACUUCAAUCUCAUGUCCGGAAGAUCCUUGAAGUCAAAUACGACCUAGGGCUUUUCGACAACCCUUACAUACCAGGAGACAUAGAUCCGAAUAAGUUGACUGCUGACCAUGUCUCUUUGACACUAGAAGCCGCGCAAAAGAGCAUAGUGCUGCUAGAGAACCGUAACAAUACCUUACCGCUUAAGCCUACUGAACAAAAUAUCCAAAAGAUUGCAUUGAUAGGGCCAUUUAGUGAUAUACUCAACUAUGGGGACUACUCCGGCCAAUGGGGAGCCUAUCCAGUUGCCAACUCUACUACCAUGCGGCAAGCAGUGUUGAAUGAGCUCGCAGCACAGGGCUCUAAUUGCGAGUUAGUUUCGAGCUGGGGCUCUAAUACUUGGCUGUAUAAUGCUCAAUAUCCGAUCCCAGAAUAUCUGCUUUCUGCAGAUGGCUCCAAGGGAGGACUUAAGGCAACUUAUUACGCCGAUACAAAUUUCAGCAACCCAGUGGUCACAAAGCUUGAAGUGCCUGUCCUUGACUGGGGUCUCUACCCACCACCAAGGCUCCCGUCAAAUAACUUUAGUGCAAUCUGGGAAGGAGAGCUGACAGUUCCCGUGGAUGUCGAUAUUGAUGGCUGGCUCGGUGUCGCCGUCAGUGCCAACACCACCGCCAAACUCUACGUCGACGGUGCUUUACUGUCAGACACUGGGCUUUCCACAAGCGGCAACAUCCUUUCGAACAUCGAAAACCGAGCUUAUACAUCAGUCAAUAGCACGCUCCCCCCUCCCGGAUCCGCUUCUUUUAAGUUCCGCAAAGGAGCAACCCAUACCAUCCGUCUAGAGUACCAAGCCUGGAACACCUACCAAAAGAUCGAAAACGUAAACUCUGUCAACGCAGAACUCCUCCUCUUCUGGAACCUCGUCGACCAAACCGACGCCAUCCAAAAAGCCAGGACCGCCGCCCGCUCCGCGGACACGAUAAUCCUCACACUGGGCAGCGCGUGGUCCAGCGACGGGGAAAACGGCGACCGCGGCACCCUCGGCCUAUCGCCCAACCAGACAGCGCUUGCAGACGCCGUCUUCGCGCUCGGCAAGCCCGUCAUCCUCGUGCUGCAGGGCGGCCGGCCCCUCGCGAUCCCACAGUACUAUUCCCGCGCCGCCGCGGUGCUGAAUGCGUUUUUUCCGGGCCAGGCCGGCGGCCAUGCCAUUGCCGAUACGCUGUUCGGGCGCGUCAGUCCCGGCGCCCGCGUCCCACUUACUGUGCCGAUGCUCGAGGGCCAGCUGCCCGUGUUCUAUAACCAGAAGGGCAGCGCGUGGGGCGCCGGGUAUGUGGACGCGGAUGCUGCGCCGGCGUAUCCGUUUGGGUACGGGCUUUCGUACACUGAGUUCUCGCUUGGGGGCUUUGGGGGUAGCUCAGUGAGCGGGGGCGAGAGUGGCACGUUCACGGCUGGCGAUGUCGUUGCGUUCGCUGUCAGUGUGGAGAAUACCGGUGCCAGUGCCGGCGCCUACGUCGUCCAGGUGUAUCUGCUGCAGCGCGUGUCGGCUGUGACGCAGCCGGUGAGGCAGCUGGUUGCGUUUGAGCGGGUGGAGCUUGGGGUGGGGGAGAAGAGGAGGGUGAGGUUGGAGGUGGACGUGGAUCGGUUUUUGAUGGUUGUGAAUCGGAUGGGUGAGUGGGAGUUGGAGAAGGGGGAGUAUGCUUUUGCGGUGUUGGACCAUGGUGGGGAUGAUGCAGAUACCGGAAGGAAUGUGAGCAUGGUUUGUGUUUAGGGGAUGCCAUGAAGGUAUUCAAUGGAAGCCAGCUUGUUGAGUAAUGCAUAUGCUCCAGUAGUUCCUAUA